AUGAGCUCCAAGACAGUGUCAUCUGCCUUUGAGGAUCUGCUACGCAGCCUCUGUCUGCAGGACUUCCCCUGUGGAAUGGGUAGCUGGAGCAAGCCCAGGAAGAAGGGGCGUGAGGACUGGAGCUGGGGGUACACAGAGCAGGAUGAAGGUACAGGAGGGUCAGUGUUGGAGGAACAGGAGGACCUGAUUGAGCUCCUGACCAGCCCCCUGUCUCCGUGGCGACAGGAGGAGUCCUGGAGCCCACAAGCUACAGCCCUGAGACAGCUGUCCAUCAGGACACCAGCCCGCCUUUCUGACAGUUUCAUUCAUGAAUAUUUCAGAACACUGCGAAUUGUGGACAAAGGCGUCUCAGUCAUUGAUGACGGUCUGUUGAGGUUCACCAAGUUGGAGGAACUUGUGCUGACGGCCAAUUACAUCUCGGAUCUUCCCUCCGUCCAUUUCCCUAAGUCCCUGAGAGUGCUGGAGCUCUAUGGCAACCAGGUGAGCAGUCUGAAUAGCCUGUGCCGUCACUCUCCUCCACGGCUGCAGCACCUGGGACUAGGCUGCAACAAGCUGGGGUCCUCAGCGGAUACCAAAUUCCUCACAGCGUCCUUCUGGCCUGAGCUGGUGUCUCUGGACUUGAGCUGGUCUGGGUUUGUGGAGCAGCUGGCCUUGGUGGACUCCCUCUCCACUCUGCCCAGGCUAAGGACCCUGGCACUAGAGGGCAACCCUAUCACCCUGACCCCUUCGUACCCCGGCUUCAUCCUGGACAGCCUUCCCAGGUUGCGUUUCCUGGAUGGAAAUCAUGUGACACCAGAUGACAGGCAUCGAUUCAGUGGACUAGCCAAAAGGAGGGAUGCGGUUGCAGAUGAGGCAGUAGUGACAGUCACAGCGCACAGGAUCAGAGGGAUACCUGACCCCUCUCUGACAACAGACAACAGCGUAGCUGAGUUCCCUGUGGUCACCUACAGCUAUCUGGUGACCUACGAAUUUCUGAGUCCACAGCCCUCAGGAAACAAGGCAGCCAAUAUUCAUGUUUAUCUACUAUUCAGACUGGUCAAAUUCUCAGCCUGCUCCAGGGAUAUCAUGUUUCACUCAGUCAAUGGCAUUUUUGUUGCACAGCCCUGGAACUUCCCUUACACAACCCAGCUACAGCACCCAUUGGGGAUAGGGUCAACCUCUGAAAAGGAUCUGAGAAUUCUUCUGUUGCAGACUGGUGGUGACCCGGUGCCCCUCACUGAUCUGGGGGUGCCCGUCGCCAUUGAAGAGAAUGUAGACCCCACUAGUCUUCCAAGAAAUUCAGAGGAACAGUAUGACACCACCCAAGAGGUACGAAAGAACUGUGAGAGGGAAAGGUGUGAUACUGCACCCAGCUCAGGUCUCCCAGCUGGGAGAGAGGACAGCGGGCAGUUUAAAGAUCACGCAUGUCAAGUGACAGCAAACAGCACCCCCAAGCUGCCUUGGGCAGAGGUGAUUGAGUGUGACCACACAAGAGUCCACCAUGUCAGAGAUCUGGCCAUCCUCAAGAGCUUCUUCCUUCAGGGGCUGCACGUGACGGUGGAGGAGGAAAAGGUUCUGUCCUGGCCAGCCUCUGUGGGAGAAAAUUCAGGGGCAAAGGCUGCCACUGACAAGAAGGCUGCAGCAAAGGAGAGUGCACGUCCAGCAAGCAACACAGUUUCAAAUCAGAGGCCCAAGGACAAGAAGAAGAAGAAGGAGUCGCAGAUAGAUCUGGUCCAGGAAGCCCCUGUCAGGAGGACUUUGGGCUCAGCUCACGUUGACCUCCAGAACCUGGUGUCUGCGGGCGACAAGGUGCAUUGGCUCUGCAACUUUGGAGUGCUUUUGGAGCAGGGCAGCAGGGCCACAGCAUCUCAGGAGAAGGAGUCAAGCAAGAAGCUCAAAGAGGACAAAAAGAAAGACGACAAGAAGGUUAAGCCUGCGGGAGAGAGCACAGCUAUGCAGAGAAAUACACCCUCCUCCAAAGGUAAGAGCAGGGGGAAGAAAGAGAGUGAGGCAGAGGGACACACAGAGAACUUCCCCAACCAGAUGGAGCCUCUGACCCUGGAGAUCAGUAUCCAUCUGCAGAAAUGGCAGGCAGCCUCACAAGCCCACAGAAAACAAAAAAUCUAA